UGUUAAUUAUUGCUUGCAUCGUAUGAUCGCUUUGGAAAUCCCUCCCACUCAUCCCGGGCUUAUCGCGCGCGUGACAUGAUUUGCAGGAGGAGUUGAGGAAGUUCAGCCACCAGGCAGGAGGUUUCCACAGCAGCAGGCGUUGUCCCCGUCAUCAUGUCUGAAGCUUUUGAAAAAGCAGCAGAGGAGGUAAAGGUCCUCAAACAAAAACCAGACCAGGGAGAACUGACUGCACUUUAUGGCUUAUAUAAACAAGGCACUGUUGGAGACGUCAAUAUUGAUCGACCAGGGAUGUUUGAUUUUACAGGAAAAGCAAAAUGGGACGCAUGGAACGCAAAGAAAGGUCUGUCUAAAGAAGAAGCAAUGGCGGCUUACGUUGAGUUGGUGGAGAAGCUAAAAGAAAAAUAUGGAAUCUAGAUUUCAGAGACGCGACAAUAAACAAAUAAUAAA